AUGAGGACCCCAACAGUUAUGAUUGUGGGAAUUGUGCUUGGCCCCUGCGGCCUCGUCCUCAACCUGACCAGCACCCUGGCUCCCAGCUGGAGGACCUUAAGCAACAUCCCUCACCAGCCAUUUGACCUGGUUCAACACCAGGGCAUCUGGGACAUCUGCAACAAGUUCCAAAGCACCAGCACGGACAAAUGCAACAUCCAAAACACUCUCGGAUACUUUCUCCAGCUGCCUGUCAAGGCAGCCAAAGUGCUCAUGCCUUCCUCGUUGGCAGUCACCCUUAUCGGGCUCGUGGUGUCCUCGCUGGGGGUGCGCUGCUGGCAGGACAUCCCCAAUGACCUACUGGCAGGACUUGGUGGCCUGCUGCUCUUUGUUUCCGGCAUACUGAGCCUCAUUGCGGUCUCCUGGUACAACUACGAACUCUAUAAUCUUCCUUUCCCCGCCGACAGUACCCUGCAGGUGAGUUACUGCCUCGUACUAGGCUACCUAGGCAGCUGCCUGGAAAUUAUUGGGGGCAUCUCUCUCACAUUUAGCUUUGCUCGGUACUGCAAUAAAAACAGACGCAGGAAAGCUGCCACAGAUCCGCCCAGGCAUCACCCGGGCCCGGCAACCGCUGCAGCCUUCGCUCCCUCUAUUGACAGCCGAGAACUCUACAUGCACGGCCAGAACCCUGUACCCAGGUCCUACAGCAAUUCCUUGGACGUUCUGGAGGAUGAGUGGAGCAUCAACAGGAGCAGGCUGCCCUGCGACUCAGAUUUAUAG